UUUCCGCGGUUCCGUUACGGCGUUGUGUGAACGAACCGUCCAUACGAUGGAGAACUGUAGCGGAUACCAGGGCCUUAGACAGCUCUUUAGUCUUGCCCAUGGUGGAGAGGUUGGAAUCUGAUUGAUUGAUUCUGUGGAUAGGUGUCUUUUUAUACAGGUAACAAGUUGAUAUUAGGAGUACUUUUUUAAAGGAAGAGGACUUAUGCAACCGAUCUGUGGGAGCCAGAAUUCUUGUCUAUAUCAAUAAUGAUCACACCAGUAUGAUUUUUAUAUUAAAACAUGUAGGGCUAUUCAUAAUGCCCAGGCCUACCCCCACCACUCCUAUGUAUGUAUCAAAUAUAAGAUUUAUAGAAUAUUUGCAUUAAACUUGAAUUAAUUUACAUCUGACAAUAACGAGAUAUUAUACACAGAUCUUCAAAUAACCAAACCUUUUCAAGGUGGCAUUUUCAAUUACCAUUUCCUUACAAUGUAGCUAGAGAAAAGUGAAAUGUGUACUUGCUGAAUACACAUUCUUGCACCAUUAUAGCCAGUGGUCGUACAAGGAAUUGAUUGAUGUGUGGCUCCAGGUUCUGAUUUUCAGUCAGAUGACGUCCAUCUUGGAUCUUUUGAUGGAUUACUGCUAUCUGCGGGGCUACCAGUACAGCCGGCUUGAUGGCAGCAUGUCCUUCUCUGAAAGAGAUGAAAAUAUGACCAAGUUCUCUAAAGAUCCAGAUGUAUUUCUGUUCCUGCUGAGCACCAGAGCGGGAGGACUUGGGAUCAACCUGACCGCUGCUGACACUGUUAUCAUCUUCGACAGUGACUGGAACCCUCAGGCUGACCUUCAGGCCCAGGACCGCUGCCACAGAAUCGGACAAACCAAACCAGUGGUGGUGUACCGGCUGGUGACGGCCAACACCAUCGACCAGAAGAUCCUGGAGAAGGCCUCAGCCAAGAGGAAGCUGGAGCAGAUGGUCAUCCACAAAAAUAAGUUCAAAGGUGCUAAGGCGGAGCUGAACCAGAGUAAGAGCUGCAUUGAUCUGGAUGAGCUGAGGGAGCUUCUCAGAGCCAGAGGCAUGGAGAAGUAAGACA